UGUUUUACUGUGGAGCGAGGCUGCGACAACAAUCAAGUUUCCCCUCCGCGCGCCCCACGGUCUCGCCCCCCGCCACCCUCCCCCCCGACGGAGUUCCGGCCACUCACGCCCCAUUUCCUUCCGGGGCGCGUUCCCCUGAUCGGUCCGCCCUCCCCUCCCCUCCCAACGCCCCCGCGGCACCGCCCGAACCACCCCGCAUCGGCUCCCCGUCUCCCGGGCACCUCGCACACCCGCGAGCAACGCACGACCUCCGACCCCCCCUCCCCACCCUUCGUCGCCCGACCAUCCGGUGCCCAGUCGCCGCUCGACCGCCCGCCCCGCCCCGGCACAUCGUCCCCGGCCUAACGCCACUCUCCCCUUCCCCCACCUCUCGUCCUCUUCUCCUCGUUUCCCCACUCAGCCCACAUCGUCCCCCUACGCUGACCGCCGUCCCCCCUCUCGCCGGGCCCUCCCGCUACCAUCCCACCGCCCCCUCUCAGACCAUCCCGGCGGCUCCUCGCCUCUCCCGACACGCUCCCCCGCACCCUCCCCCUCGCCGACCUCCGCCUUCUCCCCCUACCCUCUCCCCCCCCGCCCCUGAUCCCCUCGCUCCCCCCCGCCCCCCCCGCUUCGAUCUCAGUCAACCAUCGCCCACUCACUGUCUACCGGUCUCAUCUCUCCCCCCGGUCAUAUCGCGCAGCGCUACUAGCCCCCCCUCCACCCGGCCCGGUCUCGGCAAACCGUCAUCAACGCCGGACUCGCUACGCCCUCCCCCCCCCUCACCCGUUGCCCCUCCCCAGCGCCCCUGCCGCCCUCGCCCCCCCUCCCAACCAGCACCCCGCCAACGGGCGCCCCCCCGGGAUCACGCCACCCUCGGCUCCCUCACCUCUCUACGCGUGUCCCUCACCUAUCGGCACACUCCAGAGCCCCCUUUCCCUACUCGCCUCCCGGGUCAAUCUUCAGUGGAGAUGACACAAGAUAAACUUCCAUGUACACCAGGACCAAGCAACCACUCCGUUGAUUGUAAGAAUGAUGCCUUGGAGUAUCUUUCAGGAUGGGUGGCCAAGAAGCUAAAAACAAGUUACCGAUAUCUCUUACAACAGUUCAAGAUGAAGAGAAACGGAGCUGGAGUUACCAAGCUCGGGCGGUUUGUCUCAGUAUUCAGAAGUGAAGAAGAAACACAACUGAAAGAACACGUCAUCGAUUUGGACUCCCAUUUUUAUGGUUUGACAUUCAAGGAUUUUCGAAAAUUAGCUUUUGAAUUUGCAGAAACUAAUCAAACACCAGCACAAAACGGAGGUGAUACACCCACAAAAUCAAUGCCGAACACACCGUCUUCGUCAGCUCAAUCAACAGGAAAAAUUAUUCAGACACCAGCACAAGACGGAGGUGAGGCACCCACAAAACCAAUGCCGAACACACCAUCUUCGUCAGCUCAAUCAACAGGAAAAACUUGCCCUAGACAACAAAACAAUGUGGACUGUGGGGUGUCUCUCACGUGGUUCGCGGAGCGACUCUCCCGAUUGCAACCAAUCGAAACGAGGCAACUCAACACACUAGUGUGGCGAGUCCACACAGAGGAAGUUUUGAGAACGAGCCGAUUGGGGGCAUUCGACGGACACCUAGCCGAAUGUGAGAAACUCCUCGAUCCCGAUUUUCUCAACGCCGAGGCUUGGGAUAUCCUAGAAUGCGGCGUGGAAGACGACACAUAUCGUCCCCGUACGGAAGUGCCCUCCAGGUUGGAACUGGAGUAUGACGCUUUAUGGCGGAACUCAAUGAGGCUUGCGAGGAGUACACUAAGGAAGUUCCCGCCAACACAAUAUCCGGUAUCUCCGUCGACGACCGGAACUUCAGUUUGCUAA